AAUCUUGAGAAUUAUUUAUCGCUUCGACAAUAUCGUCUAUUAAGCUCUUAGAUGAAAGUUUACAUUAGUUGCUAUAUAUGUUUUUACUUUGUAAACUUUAUACUUGUGUACUCGUAAAGUAUAUUAAAACAAAAAAAAAAAAAAGAAAUAUUUUGCAAAUGUUAGUGAAUGUACUAAAAAAAAAAGACAAGUGAAUAUAAGUGAAAAAAAGAAUGCUGUUGUUGCUGAGUUAUUGCAACAACAUUGGGAUAUGGUGGUUGCACAGCAGAUUAAACGUACAAAAAGUGUUGAGUUGAUGAGCCUCUGGCGUCUAAUUGGGGCCCUCCUGGUGCUCUCGGCAACGACGGGGGACUCCGCAAAUAAAAUCGUCUUACCGCAACAAAUUAGUAACAGUGACAACACUAUAAAUGCUCCCACUGGUAUGCACCAUUUUACUAAGAAUUCCAUUUUGGCGGGCAGUAAAGGUACAGUUGUCAGUAGCAAUGGCGUCAUAGUCGCUGGAAAUACAGCUCAUGCCUCAUCAGUACCAUCAUCAGCAUUUAACACUAUUAUUGAAGAACCCGAAUUUACCGAAUACAUCGAUAAUGUCACCGUACCUGCUGGACGAAACGUCAAAUUGGGAUGUUCUGUAAAAAACUUAGGAUCAUACAAAGUAGCCUGGAUGCACUUCGAGCAAUCUGCUAUAUUAACCGUACACAAUCAUGUGAUAACACGUAAUCCACGCAUCAGUGUGACACACGAUAAGCAUGAUCGCCAUCGCACCUGGUAUUUGCACAUAAACAAUGUCCAAGAGGAGGACAAAGGGCGUUAUAUGUGUCAGAUAAAUACAGUGACAGCAAAGACGCAGUUCGGCUACUUAAAUGUUGUUGUUCCUCCCAAUAUUGAUGAUUCGUUAAGUUCGAGUGAUGUAAUUGUUCGUGAAGGUUCAAAUAUAUCGUUGCGAUGUCGAGCAACUGGCAGCCCUAAGCCUAUUAUAAAAUGGAAAAGGGAUGACAAUUCUCGUAUUACAAUCAGUAAAAAUCGUAUCGUUAAUGACUGGGAAGGCGAUACAUUGGAGAUAACACGAAUUUCCCGCUUAGAUAUGGGAGCUUAUUUGUGUAUAGCAUCAAAUGGCGUACCGCCUACGGUUUCUAAACGUAUUAAAGUCAGUGUGGAUUUUCCACCUAUGUUAACAAUACCACAUCAAUUAGUGGGCGCGCCGGAAGGUUUCAAUGUGACAAUCGAAUGUUUAACCGAAGCUCACCCUACGUCACUGAAUUAUUGGACACGGGGAGAGGGACCAAUUAUACACGAUUCCGGUAAAUUCAAAGUUGAGUCUAGCAUUGGCGUACCGGUGUACAAAACUCAUAUGAAGCUGACUAUAAUUAACGUUAGCAGUUCUGAUGAUGGCAUAUACAAAUGUGUUGCCAAAAAUCCGCGGGGCGAGACUGAUGGUAUUAUCAGGUUGUAUGUAUCAUAUCCACCGACAACGAUUCAAUAUGGAAAUUUCAAUACAGAUCUGAACCGAAUGGAUAAUGGAUACAGUGCGGAUUUAUCACGUUCAGAAAAAAAUUUUAAAUCACAAAUCAAUGAAAUAACGUUAUCGGAGCAAAAAUCACUUGUGGAUAAGACUAACGAUAACGAAUCGGAUGAUAUCUUUGGGAAACCUGAUCAUAGUAAAGAGAUACUCAACGACUGCUGGAGGUUAAAACCCAAUCUUAUCGCAUUAAGUAUACUGUCUAUGACAUUAGAUUUAAUUUAUUUGUUGUUAAACUGAUGAAUUUUCAAGAAAAUUUAUGCAUUAUUUUAUAAGAGAUGCCCAGGUACCGUUAAGUUGUAAAAUAGACUCCUUAGCAAGACUCGUUUCUCGUUUCUCGUUUCAAAGUGUUGGUGUUUUGUAUAAAUAUUAUUAUGAGUUUGAAAUUAUGUACAUAUGUGUAUCGCACGUAUAUGGUGAUGUCAAUUAUUUGUUAGUUUAUGGUAGGAAAAGUAAUCUCUUUUCAUUUUAUAUUUUCCUCUUUCCCUACUUUAUAUUUAUUCAAUUAAAUAAUUAUUUUCGUAAUUAAAAGCAAAUGAAAAAAUUCAAAAUUAUUUACGGUAUGAUUGACGGCCGCAGUGAUAUUAUCCACCACGAAUUAAAACCGUAUACGAAUUCUCGACACUUAAAGCUCAUGUUUUUAUUAAACAGAUCGAUUUGGAUUAUACAACUUUUAGGUGCUUGAACUAUAUUUAUUUGAAGAGGAUUUCAUGUCAAUAUUAGCUAAAGGAUUAUCUGACUGUUUUUAUACCCACCACCGAACGCUGGAAGUUGAUCUAAUUUAUCAAAACUUUUGCAAUAUCCAGAAAAAAGCUUCAGACACCGUAAUGAAAUUGGUUUUGCGCUUAUUGCUCGCGAACUGCACAAUGUAAAACUAUAAAAAUUUCCAUGUAUUCUAUGAGCGAAAUUUUUGUACAAAAAUUGAAGCAAUUGGCAACGACAACUGAAUAUUUUAAUGUGUUUGUGAUCAAUAUCACACACGGACUGCAUCUAAGAAUGUGUGUCCUUUUGUCUGUCUGGCUGCCAGUUUAUGUAAUAGCUGUGGCAAGUAUUCCUCCACGAAGUUCGUGCACAAUUCCGCCAAAUUAGUUAAAGGACAUGUCUACGGUCGAACAUGAACUGGCAGCCUGUGACUACUUGGUUUUUUUGCUCAUUAUCCCUAUCCUAUAUAUUCUACAAAAAUGGAAAUGGAAAUCAGCCAUUGAACCCCCCGCAAUUUUAUAUAGUAAGGAAAUUUAGUUUUUUCGUAGAGCGAUCACAGUCGAAUAUCAUUUUUUUCUUCUUUUCUUUCUUUUCUAUGUGUAGAUUAAAUUAGUUACUAGUAAUUUACCAUAUUCAGCUUAAUCUAAGCAAUUGCGAGAGUUUUUCUGCGUAGCAGUCAUUCAAAAAAAGUAUCGGUUAUGUCCAUACUGGGAAAUGUUAUUUUAGCUUUUAAUGGAAGAAUCCAAUCCACACUUCCACGAUAUAUUCAAAAAUAUUACAAAAUGUACUCCGUUUCUCUAUCUCUUUGUAAGGAUAGUUGUUCGAAAGUACACACACAUAUAUAUAUAUGUAGUUAUAUUUAAAUAUCCUGGGCAAGUAUCUUCCAUAGUAUUGGUGUUAGUGGUGGGCGCAGGAACCAAAAAUUGCUGAUUAAUUUUGUACACAUAUGCCGUUACAGGUUUAUUGUUAUUCAAUUUACUAUUAUUUACUACUCCGAUGAAGUUAAUGUUGACAAGUAGAUUUUUAUAGAGUUAAUCAAACAAUUAAGCAGGGUUUUUAGUAAAACGAAAAGAAAAAUAUAUAUACGUAUACACAUAAACACUCAUAAACACACACUCACGGAUACAGACAUAAAUAUAGAUAUAUAUAUAUAUAUACAUAUAUAUAUACGAAACGAUAAACAUUUAUAUUUAUAGAGUUUAAUAAUAGCGAAUUGUAUGAAUGCGUACAUGUAUACAGAUAUACAAGAGUAAAGAAGAAGAGUUCUUAGUAUAUAUAAGUGAAAAGCUGCAGAGUCGACUUGAGAUUAGAAAAUUAAAAGAAAAGCAGUCAGCAACUGCUUCGAGAUCUAUACAAAAAUUAUCUCUUGAAUUACAAAUUACGAUUACUUUUAAGAAAUUAUUUAAUAAACGCAUUGAAUUUGAAUAUGUCCACGCAAUUUUCAAAUUAUAAACAAAGUUUAAUCAAAUACUUUCAUUUAAAUUAUUUCAUAUUAUGAGUAAAAUGACACAUAUAACAACCAGACAGACUUGAGAUAGAUCCAUGCUUUCAUCAUAUCGAUCAAUUCAGAAUCACUUCCCGACUCAAUCUAUGCUUUUCUACCUGUCUGUCCAUCUGUCCUUUGAAUGUUUGUUCAACCUACAGAUCCCAACAUUUGCGACAUUUUGAUGAGAUUUACUAUAACGCUAUUAAAAACUGUCCGGAUUGGAUAUGUCACCCCAACAAUAUACAAUGCUAUUAAGUAUAUAGUAAUUAUCCGCUGCUGAUUAUAAUGGCUUUACUUAUUUUAAAUUGAAGUAAUGUCUCAGAUCAUCACAUGGCUACAAAAGCUCUGACUUUGGUCGUUAAAAGAUUGUAAAAUAUGUUGGUCUUUACGCUUUGGAACUCUCAUUCCGAUCGCAAGCGUCUAUCUGGUUAAAUCACACGACCUCAAAAUUUUUUCCAUGAAACAGUAAAUUAUUUUUGCCUCCUUCUCAACAUGAGUUUAGAAAAUGGGAAAAUUAUCUCGUUAUAGCCUAACUUCAAGUAUAUUUUUAAAUGGAGACUUUGCUUGCGACACCCAUUUACCUUAAAAAUAUGAUUCAUGACGAUCGACAUUCUCGAAUUU